GGAGGAGGAAGAGGUGGUGGGUGGAUCGUCAUCCAUGGGAGGGGGAGGGCACCCGAUGGGACAUGGACCUUUGCGAGCUCAGCUCAAGGAGAACCAUCAUGGAGAACUUCAAGAUGCAGUGAGGGAAGCACUGCAUCAGGUGUACCACGACCACCUGGAACCUGGAGAGGCUGAGCAACUGCUGAGAUUCCAGAUGGAUCUGCAUGGACACAGUUGGGUGCUGAGGCAGUUGAUGGUGGGGGAGAUGACGUUCCAAGGGCGAGAAGGAGGGGAUGUGGACAUGCUGGUGGAUGGGGUGCUGGAGCGCUCAGGAAGGUUCCUGGGGGGACCCCACAUCCAAAGGGGAACAGGAGGGGGAGGAAGGCAGGGGAGGAAGCGACAGGAACGGGAGGAGGAGAUGGAGGAUGAGUUGGAAGCGAUGCUGGGAGGGGGUCAGGUGUGCCGAAAAGACCAAGGAGGAUUCCAGUGUGGGAAGGGGAUUCAGAGGAGGUGGGAACGAGAGGGAUGGAACCGAUCGUGGACCUGUCAUGGCAGCCUGCAAGGGGGGGGGCAAGGAGAAGUGCCUGGGAUGUCACAAAGAAGCAAACGAGUGGAUGAGGGAGCACAGGAAGUGCCUGGGACAUCACCAGGGUCGGAGCUGGAGAACUAA